AUGGCUAGAGGGAGGUUUAUCUACUGUCUACUAGGCCAGUUGUUCACUGGCCUGAUUCUGUCGUCCGUUGGACUAUCCUCCAUCCAGAGAGAUAAUGAUUGUCCCCAGCAGUGUGUGUGCGAGAUCCGACCCUGGUUCACCCCUCAGUCCACCUACAGAGAAGCCACGACGGUGGACUGCAACGAUCUCCGUCUCACACGCAUCCCAGGCAACCUCUCCAGUGACACGCAGGUGCUCCUCCUGCAGAGCAACUACAUCGCCAGGACCAGUGAGGAACUGGAGCAGCUAUACAACCUGACAGAGUUGGACCUGUCUCAGAACAACUUCAGCAGCAUCCGUGACGUGGGCCUCAGCAACAUGUCCCAGCUCACCACCCUGCACCUGGAGGAGAACCAGAUCAUUGAGAUGCCUGACUACUGCCUGCAGGACCUCAGCAACCUGCAAGAGCUCUACAUCAACCAUAACCAGAUCAACAUUAUCUCCCCCAAUGCCCUCUCUGGCCUGCACAACCUGCUCAGGCUCCAUCUAAACUCUAACAGGCUCAAGGCCAUCGACAGCCGCUGGUUUGAGUCCACGCCCAAUCUGGAGAUCCUCAUGAUCGGGGAAAACCCUAUAGUUGGCAUUCUGGAGUUUAACUUCAAGCCUCUUGUAAACCUGAGAAGUUUGGUUCUGGCUGGAAUGGAUUUAACAGACAUUCCUGGAAAUGCCUUUGUGGGACUAGAUAACCUAGAGAGUCUCUCCUUCUACGACAAUAAGCUAGUCAGAGUUCCUCAAAACGCUCUUCAGAAACUACCUAACCUCAAGUUCUUGGACUUGAACAAAAACCCUGUGCACAAAAUUCAAGAGGGGGACUUGAAGAACAUGCUGAGGCUGAAAGAGCUGGGCAUUAACAACAUGGGGGAGCUGGCCUGCAUUGACCGCUUUGCCCUCGAUAACCUCCCUGAGCUCACCAAGCUGGAAGCCACUAACAACCCCAAGUUCUCCUACGUGAACCGCCAGGCCUUCCGUGACCUCCCCGCCUUGGAGAGUCUCAUGUUGAACAACAAUGCCCUUAACGCCCUCUACCAGUCCACUGUGGACUUCCUGCCCAACCUGCGUGAGAUCAGUAUCCACAGCAACCCCAUGCGAUGCGACUGCGUCAUCCAGUGGAUGAGCUCCAACAAGACCAGCAUCCGCUUCAUGGAGCCCCUCUCCAUGCUCUGUGCCAUGCCAGCCGAGGUCAGAGGGCAGCAUGUGAGGGAGGUGCUCCAGCAGGACUCAGCGGAGCAGUGCCUGCCGAUGAUCUCCCACGACACAUUUCCCAACCACCUGAACCUGGACAUCGGCAUGACUGUGGAUCUGGACUGCCGAGCCAUGUCCCAGCCCGAACCGGAGAUCUACUGGGUCACGCCCAUGGGGAACAAGGUGAUGAUGGACACCAUGUCUGAGAAGUACAGCCUCAGUAGCGAAGGAACGCUGCGCAUCUCUCACAUCCAGGUAGAGGACUCUGGCAGGUACACCUGUGUGGCACAAAAUGUUGAGGGGGCAGACACUCGGGUGACUGCUGUUAGGGUGAAUGGUACUCUCUUAGACAGCACCCAGCUGAUGAAGAUCUAUGUGAAGCAGACUGAGUCCCACUCUAUCCUUGUCUCCUGGAAGGUCAACUCCAAUGUCAUGACCUCCAACCUCAAGUGGUCAUCUGCCACCAUGAAGAUAGACAAUCCCCACAUCACCUACACAGCCAGGGUCCCGGUGGAUGUCCAUGAGUAUAACCUCACACACCUACAGCCUGCCACCGAGUAUGAGGUGUGUCUCACCGUCUCCAACAUCCACCAGCAGACGCAGAAGUCCUGUGUCAACGUCACAACGAAGCACGCAGCCUUUGCUGUGGAGAUAUCCGACCAAGGCACUAACACUGCUUUCGCAGCUGUCAUGGGAACCAUAUUCGGCAUCAUCAGCCUGGCCUCUAUGGCUGUGUACAUUGCCAAGUGGUGGAAGAGGAAAAACUACAAUCACUCCCUGAAAAAGUACAUGCAGAAAACAUCCUCCAUCCCACUCAAUGAGCUCUACCCUCCCCUCAUCAACCUGUGGGAGGUAGACAGUGAGAAGGACAAAGAGGUGUCCUCCUCCUCAGAGACCAAACCCAGCCAAGUGGACACUACACAGAGCUACUAUAUGUGGUGA